AGAUGAAUUCAAGUCUGCUGAAAACUCGUCUGAAAAUGCUUGGUGGAGAUUUUGUAAGACUUGGGCAGCUAAAUCCUCACCGGAGUCUCUGCACCCGGAGCACGUUUUUGCCCCCAAGUGCCAGGUGCUGACCCCUGAUGGCCCCAGGAACACGUGGAGGCCAGAUCCCCCUUCCUCCUCCACCCACGCCAUCACUUCACGCGGAGCAAAACGAGGCAAAACCAGCACGAAUUCGGCAAACGCGGCAGCGCCGUCGCGGCCACACCGUGCCCCUCUCCCCGCCCCCGGCAGCGGGGCCCGGCGGGGGCGUCUGAGCGGCGGGGCCGCCGCACGCCGGGGCCCUCCAUGCCCGCGCCGCGCACAGGGACACGCGGGUCGGGCCGGGGGGUGGGUGCCGGUGCCACCGCCGCCACCGCCGCCGCGCUGCCAGGGCUCGCGCAGGACGUGGUGGGCGCCCUCUGCCUGGUCUGCCUGGCGGCCGCGCUGGACUUCAGGUACCACCACGCCGAGGAGCUGGAGGCGUUCCUGCAGGAGGUGCACGCCGCCUUCCCCGCCCUCACGCACUUGCACAGCAUCGGGCGCUCCGUGGAAGGUAGAGACCUGUGGGUUCUUGUUCUGGGAAGGUUUCCAACCCAUCAUAAGAUUGGCAUUCCAGAGUUCAAGUAUGUUGCUAAUAUGCAUGGGGAUGAGACUGUUGGGAGAGAAGUUCUGCUCCAUUUGAUAGACUUCCUGGUGACAAACUAUGGACGUGACCCAGUUGUUACCCGGUUACUUAAUAGCACCCGGAUUCAUAUCAUGCCAACAAUGAAUCCUGAUGGAUUUGAAGCUACAGAAGAGCCCGAUUGUUAUUACUCACACGGAAGGUACAAUAAGAAUGGAGAAGAUCUGAACCGAAAUUUUCCUGAUGCCUUUGAAAAUAACAACGUCACCAUUCAGCCAGAGACUCGAGCAGUGAUGAACUGGAUAAAAAAUGAAACCUUUGUCCUUUCAGCAAACUUGCAUGGGGGUGCCCUGGUUGCCAGUUACACAUUUGAUAAUGGUAACGCAGUUACUGGCUCUUCAGAAGGCUAUAGCAAAUCUCCAGAUGAUGAUGUUUUUAUUCACCUGGCAAAAACCUAUUCUUACAACCAUGCCAGCAUGUACAAAGGGACUGGGUGUGACAACAGACAGACCUUUCCAGAAGGCAUCACCAAUGGGUAUUCGUGGUACCAGCUGGAAGGUGGAAUGCAAGAUUACAACUAUGUCUGGGGACAAUGUUUUGAAAUUACAUUGGAGCUGUCAUGCUGUAAAUAUCCCCCUGCAGACCAGCUGGAGGAGUUCUGGAGAGACAACAAAGUUGCUUUGAUUGAAUAUAUAAAACAAGUGCAUCUAGGCGUCAAAGGUCAAGUUACUGAUAAGGACGGGACUCCUAUUCCAAAUGCAAUCGUGGAAGCUGAAGGAAGGUCUCAUAUCUGCCCUUACAGAACAAAUCAAUAUGGAGAGUACUUUCUUCUCCUUUUGCCUGGGAUAUACGUGAUCAAAGCUACUGUACCAGGAUUUAAAUCGAUGCUGAAGACAGUGGAAGUAUCCAGUAAUAGUGAUAACUUCAGUGCUUUGAAAUGUGACUUCUGUUUCUCAGAAGUCUCUAUCAAAACAAGAGCGUCUUCAUGUCCUAAAAUUCCCCUCUACCAAGAGCUUGAACGCGCUUCAGCGGCAGGAAAACCAACUUUAAAUAUCUUUGUUUUAAUGACUGUUAUGCUUGUAAUUCUUAAAUAAAGGCAAGAAUGACAUGGCAAGGCAAAAAUCCAUGUCUUCCUGCACAAAUGUGGCUUUUAAAACAAAGAAAGACUUGUAUAUGCAAAAGAAUGUAUGUUUUAUAAAUGAAAUUCUCAGAUUUAAAGUCAUGCUUAUUGUAUUUUAUAAAAUACUGGCUAGACAAUCAGAUGUUUUAAUUAUAAUAGAUUCAUUUUUCUACAUAAGUAUUUUAAUCUAAAGCAUUAUUGUACAGCCUAUGGAGUUAGACAUUGUAGAAUUUCAGUGUGGAAAAUACAGAUUAAUUUUGAAAAAUUUGAAUUCAAAAAAAGUACAGGAUUGUACUGCAAAUGUUUCAUACAAACUCAGUUUCCUCAUUGUGUCUACACCACUGUAAACAAUUAGCUUAAUCCUGAUUUCUCAUAAUAAAGCCCCUGCUGUAAAUGGCGAAGGACA